AAGUGGAAAAGAUAAGAAUUUGAAGCUCAUUUUGGCGAGCUCGAUGGAAAGUAGAGAUAAGGAAAGAAAGCAGUCCAAGCUCUGUACUCGCGGUCAUUGGAGGCCAGCAGAAGACGCCAAGCUUACAGAGCUUGUGACAAAAUUCGGCCCUCAGAACUGGAACUUCAUUGCAGAGAAUCUUGAAAGAAGAUCAGGCAAGAGCUGCAGGCUUAGAUGGUUCAACCAAUUGGAUCCGAAGAUAAACAGGAAAGCCUUUACGGAGGCAGAAGAGGAGAAGCUCCUCGCUGCUCACCAUGACUAUGGAAAUAAGUGGGCUUUGAUUGCAAAGUACUUCCCAGGGAGAACGGACAAUGCUGUGAAGAACCAUUGGCAUGUGAUCAUGGCGAGGAAGCAGAGGGAGCAGUACAGUUCUUAUCGAAAGAGGACUCUCUCAUCCUCCAGUUCUAGCAGUGGAUGGUCAGUGUCCAUCGCCACCAACCUCCCAAAAAAGAACAUUAAGGGCUUCUUUUUUUCUUCGCACAAGGAAAAGGCCAUAAAUUUCUCCUCAGGCUAUACAAGAAAAGGAUAUUAUCAGAAGCUUGGUAAUCCAUUUUGUGCCCUGAGUAUUGAUCAGUGCACAUUUUCCGAUUCAAAUUCUGUGGCAUCCGCGCCAGAAUUAGCUGAGAGACAGGGAAGAAGCAACGGCAGCAUUUGUAUGAGGGAAGAGCAUGAGAACAAAAAGAUUAACUUACCCUUCUUUGAUUUCCUAGGCGUGGAAGAAGCUCACAGGAAGCUUUUAAUGGCAGAUAGUAAUAAAGAAAUCUAG